GCUGUUAAAUUACAUUUCAAUCACUUAAAUAUUUUUUAAGACUAAAGGAAAGGCGGAAGGGGAGGAAGACGGACAGGCAGUCUGGUGGGUGCACCCUCCCAGCCCCAGGCCCUCAGCCCAGCGGGAGUCGAGCGCGGCCACCCAGCGUGCAGUUGCUCCGCUCGGCCGCCAGGGGGCGGCGUGGACCCGGGGAGGGCGGGAGCGAACGGAGGAGCGGCGGCGAGGGGGCGGGCCCUGCGCCGAGUCAAUGUGGGCGCCGGCGCCCGGCAGCGCGGGGUCGUCAUGGCGGAGGUGCAGCAAGUGCGGGUGCAGGAGGCCGUGGACUCUAUGGUGAAGAGCCUGGAGAGAGAGAAUAUCCGGAAGAUGCAGGGCCUCAUGUUCCGGUGCAGUGCCAACUGCUGUGAAGACAGCCAGGCGUCCAUGCAGCAGGUACACCAAUGCAUCGAGCGCUGCCAUGCGCCUCUGGCUCAAGCUCAGGCUCUGGUGACCCUUGAGUUGGAGAAGUUCCAGGACCGCCUGGCCCGAUGCACCAUGCAUUGCAACGACAAAGCCAAAGAUUCAAUAGAUGCAGGGAGUAAGGAGCUUCACGUGAAGCAGCAGCUGGACAGUUGUGUGACUAAGUGUGUUGAUGACCACAUGCACCUCAUCCCAACUAUGACCAAGAAGAUGAAGGAGUCUCUCAUAUCCAUUGGGAAAUAAAAAUAUUUGCCAGUGGCCAUUGGGGCUGAGGACAAGAGUCUGUUUUAAAAAGGAAAGGGAAUUUUAGUCUUUUAAGCAAAGUCUGUGAAUGAAGAAAUUAAGGAUGGCAGUGGGUUUAAGGCAUAUGUCACUUGCCUCUGGACAUUUGUUCCUUUGUUUCAAACCUGAAAAGUGAAAUGGAAAAAAAUUGAUACUAAAAUUUUUGUCAGAGAUGGUACAGGAGAGUGUUUUAGACCCUAUAUUGUACAUGGCAAGUGUUUGUCCUAGCAGUAAGAAUCUAUACCAUGCCAAUUCCCUCCAAGGUACCAAAUUCUUACUGCAUAGAUACUAUCAGGCUGGCAGUUUCCUCUAACCUGCCUACGAUCUGGUAAAGUUUAAGUGGAAGCAUUUCUGUUUGUUGUUAACCUCCUGUUUACCAGAAGUGUCGCCACACCAUUUCCACAAUCUGCACCACAAAAUUCAUGAGGUCACUAAUUUAAAAGUAGGAAAAAAAAGUUUCUGGGUUUUUAUUUUUCUUGGUUUUAUUAUAUUUGUACAAGGGCACAAAAUUGAUUUAAGAUGUGGAGCUGGGAGGGAGAGUAGUUUGGAUAGGAACUUUGAAAAGUUUUCUUGAGAUAUCCUUUUCUGACCAUCAAGGUGUGGAUGUACAGUUCUUAAAAUUGUUACCUGUUGCAUCUUUCAGGCAGAUACCUUGCAAAAACAUGAGAGGCAACAUCAGAGUGAUUUGGGGAAGCAGAACUUUUCUGCUUAUUAGCUGGUAGGCCCUGAUGCUGUCUGCAGCAGAGUGACAUGACAAUGUUGCACUAACACUUUCUCCUUGAAAAGAAAUAGGGUUUUGAUUGUGGUAAAUACCAGUAUGGAGAAGCCAACAGUAAAAAAGGAACUGUUGGCUGCCUGAAUAGAAUAGAGUUGUGAAAUGCUGGAUUUGGAAGAACAUGGUUUUCAUAGAAUGCAAUGAAAGCUUAAACCCAGCUUUGCUUACUUAGGCCCCUAAAUUACGAGGACCCUAUUGAGACAAUCCCCUGCUAACAGGAAAUUCAAGGGGAAAGUAAGCAAAUUGGGCUAGGAGCUGUGCUUUCCAUUGCCGAAAGCCAUUUUUGCCUGGGGUCUUUUCAACAAGCAUUGUUCCUGCCCUCCACCUGUGGUUUUGAUAAAGACCUCAUUUGUCAGGCGGUGCCUGUGGCUCAGUGUGUAGGGCACUGGCCCCAUAUACCAAUGGUGGCAGAUUCAAACCCACCCUCAGCCAAACUGCAACAAAAAAAUAGCUGGGUGUUGUGGUGGGCAUCUGUGGUCCUAGCUACUUGGGAGGCUGACACGAGAGAAUCACCUAAGCCCAUGAGCUAGAGGUUGCUGUGAGCUGUGGCACCACGGCACUCUACUGAGGGCGACAAAGUGAGACUCUGUCUCUAAAAAAAAAAACCUCAUUUGUCUAUCAACCUAUACUUGAAAUGAUAAUAUAGCCUGUUUUCUUUUUCCAGGCUGUGAUAUAUUUUCCUAGUAAUAUGGUUUUAAACAAUAAAUGACGUUUAUCUUU